AUGAAGCUCCUCCCUACUGUAUUCUUCGCUCUUAUGACCUCCACCGCCCUCGGUGCCGACGUUGAGGCCAGGCAAACUGGAGGCAGUGCUGCUGCCUCUGCUCUCAUCAACCCUCUUAACCCCCUCAACCCCCUCAACUACUUCGACGACAAAAGUCCCCUCAGCAACCUCAAUCCCUUCAUGAGCAACAGCCCACUCAAGAACCUUCUCCCCGGAUCUUCUAGUACAUCUUCUGCUCCCAGUACUUCUGGGACGCCACCUCCUGCUCCUGGCGUUCCUGCUGCCGGCGCUCCACCUGCUCCCGUCGCUUCGGUAGCACCUGUUGCUCCCGUUGCUCCCGUUGCUCCCGCCCCUGCUGCUCCCGUUGCUCCCGCUCCUGUUGCUCCCGCCCCUGUUGCUCCCGCUCCUGUUGCUCCCGCCCCUGUUGCUCCCGCCCCUGUUGCUCCCGUUGCCGCAGGUGCUCCCGGUGCUCCCGGUGCUUCCACACCAGGCGCAACUGAUCCUAACCUCUUGCCCCCUGCUUCUGCGGAUUCAGUGACCACCACCGAUCCUGCAUCAGUUCCCGCAGCCGCCGCCAUUGCACCACCAAACAAUCCUGUUCUCAGCCGUAGGGGCGGUUGCAAGCGUGGACAACUCGGCGCAAGGUGCAUCCGAAAAACCGCCAUUCCUAAGCCCAACCCAGCUGGAAAGACCAAGGACACUUUGCGCUGUGGUGAAGCUCAGCCCCGCUCUGACCGAGGUCUAGGACUGGCGCGAUACAAUUGCCACAGGGCUUACAUCUGCAACGCCGAAGGAAAUCCCAAGCUCAGGACCAGGAACCCCAAGAUUAUUGAUGCUUGCAGCGGAAGGUGCCAUUGCAUCCCUCCAUCCUCUAGUGGUAGGGGCUCCCUAGGCCAAUAG